CGCCCCCCCCACCUCUGCUGCUGAUACUGGGACCCGGCCGGUGUCUGCAGAAACCACACACCUGCCAUCGGAAAGACGGGGCAAGGAUAAACUGGCAGACACUACAGUCUUAUUAGGCUGGUGUUUUUAUCGUAAACAGCUGGGUGGGAAACAGUAGUGGAAGCGUUUGUGAAGUGCAACAGUCGCUUGCUAUCAGCUAUCGUUAAAUGUGGGACGUUACCAUCAAGCAACAGCCAGCAGAUGACGUUAGCUAGCUAGCUAGCUAACCUGAAGUGCUGCUAGUCAUGGCUCUGGUUUUGAAAAUAUUCUGUUUACCGUUACGUUGUAGCUAGUUAGUUCAUCGUAAAUUAAUUUAAAAGUCAUUUCACGUGAGUGCAGUGACCGUAAUGCCAAUUAUUGUCCCAACCAGUGUAAGUACUGCUGUGUCUCAUCAUUUAAAAGAACUAGUCUAGCUAACGUUAACUUAACAUUAGCCAACUAGCUAACGUUAGCGGUAUGCUGCCCCACUCUCUUUAAUAAUUAGCAGUUUUGCUCAUUGAGUUGUGACACAGAGCGAGAUCAUUGAAGCGGACUCUGCGGGCAAGUUCGUGUUAAGUGUUGACCCGAUACUAAAGUUUUGUCAUAUUUACCUUGGUUAACUGUCCAGCCUGAUAAUUGACAGUAAUCUGACAGGAAACGGAAAAUUCAUCGAUCGUUAGUCCAGUUUGCAUCUACAGCCGAUCACAAAGAAAAUUACCUUUUCUGUCAUUUUCAAGGCAGACGCCUCUACGUCGGCAGAGGUUAAGAUUAGGAAAUUAUCAUUUGUAGCCCAGAGAUAAGUGCCACUUAAGCCCAGCUCAUAGUUCAUCCACAAGUGAACAUGGCUCCUAAAAAGAGACCAGUGCCCUUAAACAUUGCUCCUACUAGCGAUGGCUUAUCCACCUCCAACAACUCUGACGUUACAUCUGAGGCCAAUUUAGAAGCACUUAAAAAAAUACUGGCUGAGUUGGAUCUGGAUGAACAACAGAAGAAAAGGUUAGAAGCUUUCCUUACCCAGAAGGCCAAGGUAGGCGAGAUGAGAGACGACGACUUCCAUCGUAUCUGUGAGCUUGGCGCAGGGAAUGGAGGAGUCGUCAAUAAGGAAUGCCACAAACCUUCAGGAAUAAUCAUGGCCAGAAAACUCAUUCACCUUGAAAUUAAACCUGCUGUCAGAAACCAGAUCAUCCGCGAGCUUCAGGUGCUGCAUGAGUGUAACUCUCCCUACAUUGUGGGCUUCUAUGGAGCAUUUUACAGUGAUGGAGAGAUCAGCAUCUGUAUGGAACACAUGGAUGGUGGCUCUCUGGAUCAGGUGUUGAAAGAAGCAAGGAGGAUCCCUGAAGAGAUUCUUGGCAAAGUCAGCAUUGCUGUUUUGAGAGGCCUUGCUUACCUCAGAGAAAAGCACCAAAUAAUGCACAGAGACGUGAAGCCUUCAAACAUACUGGUGAACUCGCGUGGGGAAAUCAAGUUGUGUGACUUCGGUGUAAGCGGCCAGCUCAUAGACUCUAUGGCCAAUUCCUUUGUUGGGACAAGAUCCUAUAUGUCGCCUGAGAGAUUGCAGGGAACCCACUAUUCUGUGCAGUCAGAUGUGUGGAGCAUGGGGUUGUCCCUUGUAGAGCUGUCAAUCGGACGCUUCCCCAUCCCUCCCCCAGAUGCUAAAGAACUGGAGGCCAUAUUUGGAUGUCCCAUCUCGGAUGGUAGUGAGAGAGAGACGCACAGCACUUCGCCCAGACCCAGACCACCAGGUCGAACUGUUAGCGGUCAUGGUCCUGCAAUGGCUAUCUUUGAACUACUAGACUACAUAGUAAAUGAGCCCCCUCCCAAACUACCACAUGGCAUUUUCACCUCUGAUUUCCAGGACUUCGUGACAAAGUGUCUCAUCAAAAAUCCAGCAGACAGGGCUGAUUUGAAAAUGUUGAUGAACCAUACAUUUAUCAAGCGGUCUGAGGCAGAGGAGGUAGACUUUGCUGGCUGGCUUUGUAAAACCAUGGGGCUGAACCAACCUAGAACUCCCACACGCACUGCAGACUGAACACAUGCUCUCAACACACCAACACACACAGUAUGUACAUGUAAAAACAUGGAGAAGCUGCUGCCUAAACAUACACAUCUCGUUUGCCACAUGCUCCCUCAGGUGAAUCUCUGAAGUCUCCGUCUAUCAACGGAACUCUACUGACAUGUAAGCCAGGUGAUCACAUGCUAGGAAAGAUAUAUAGUGUCCACAGUUUGCACCCUUUGUGGAAAGUCAAUUACACAGGGAUUCUGUUAUCCAGAGAUACUUCCUUUUAAAUCAAUUCCAACAUAAUUUUGGUGAAUGUCAGUUGGCAACGUAGAGAAUGUUGGUCAUGACUAAUUUGCGUUAAGUUCAGUUCUAGAAUUUGGGCCAGUAACUCUCUUAUUUGGAGACUAACAAACCUACAGCUGCUAAAUUGGAAUCCUAGUAUAAAUGCAAGACAGCAUUCGCAUAUGUCACCAUUACUACACCUAUGCCUAGUGUUCAGCACUGCUGCACAAUUUUUCCUUGUUUGGCUGAUAAAGGCACAUUUGGCUUUUGUUCAGCCUCACCCAACAUCCUGCAGUCGUGUAGACUUUUCAUGCUGUAUCAAAACUGAAAAAGAUAGCCCUUAUGAGGAAAUCAAAAUGCAUAUAAUAGCUGUGUGGUUUUAGAACAUUUUUCUUUUUCAAUCCUGCUCCUGGUUUUCUUGUCCGAAUUCAUCAAAAGAGUUCUGGGCUUACAGCAACAAGUGUGUCAAUCCCAGUUAUUACAAUCAUUGUCAAGCAUCUGUACAUGUACAGGCAGAGGGGGAUAUAUAAAUUAGUUUUUAUAUGUGUAAUGCAAGCACAUUGGGAAAUGUUUAAGUAUAAGUUUAUUGUACCAAACAGGUCGGGUUAUGUGUGUCUGUGUUAGCAAGAGAUGAGUGAGUAUAGGAUGUUUUUUGGGGUUUUUUUUUGCAUUUGUUGCCUGAUUUAUUUGAUUUAUUUCUACAGAUUUUGAGAUGUCUUGAGGUGAAGCACAAUGUUUAAAGCAUUUUAGCAUGACCCUCAUGUCAAAGCCAAAAAUAAUAAUAAUAAAAAAAAAGUUACAACCAUCAAUGCUCCCUCUGUAUGUUUGGGCAUUUAAUUGUAUAGCAGCAUCCUCAGCUUAUUCUGGUACCAUUAGCUUCAGAAAGGCUGCCUUUGGAAAUACUAGAAAUUCAUCCCUGGACAGUAUCUGCUGUAACAAGACUUCUUUUAUCUCUUGAGGGAGCUGCAUCGUGACUCACUGAGCAGUCACAGCAGAAACAAAUGGUUAUUUCUUUGUAUUGGCUGUAAUGUAAACAGGGCAUGGAUAUGCUAUUGAAGUGCACCCUGUCUUGUGGCAGGAAUAGGGUUUUUUUGCUCCUUUGGUUGUACUUGUGUACUUCCUCCCUUAUGUAAGGGUUUAAAGAUAUAGAUGUUUUUUAUGGUACAAUCAUCAAAAGCUUUGUCUUUAUAAAGUCAUAAUUGUCAAUAAAUGGUAUGUAUU